UGCUUGAAUCUGAUGAGGCAUGCCUGGAGCGCGCAGCGUAAUUGCAGGUGGAAAGGCUGGGAAGCAAGAGGCCAUACAAGCAGGUGUCAAGCCGGGUUCGGGUUCAUGAUACGUUCCGUUUUUCUCCUGGAUUUCGGUUGUUUUUGUGUGUUUGUGUCCCCCCCGCCACCUUCGAUGAUCUACAAUGCAGACCUCAGCUUGGCUCGUCGGUCGUUGCGCUCUCAUCCUAUGCGCGCUCCAGCUGAUGGACGGGGCGAAAGGACAGAAGCAGUGUACUGAGACUGAUUACUACUUUGAGUACACGGAGUGUGACAGCACAGGAUCGCGGUGGAGAGUGGCCAUCCCACAGCACCCUGGGGCCUGUGCUGGACUACCAGCGCCAGUGCGAGGCACAGAAUGCACCUUCUCGUGUAAGGCUGGAGAGUUCCUGGAGAUGUCAGCUCAGGAGUGCACUCAGUGUGCAGCAGGAAGCUACUCCCUCGGUAGCGGUAUCCGCUUCGACCAAUGGGAUUACAUGCCUAUUGGAUUUAGUAGCCUAGCAACCUCCCUGGAGAACAGCCUACCGGGUUCUAACAGCCUCACCUGUAACAGCUCUUCCUGGGUUCCUCAGGGAAACUAUCUGGAGUCCAACAGGGAUGAAUGCACAGUCUCUCUCAUCUAUGCUGUGCAUCUGAAGAAACAAGGCUCAGUUAGCUUUGAGUACCAGUAUCCUGACAGUAACCUGCUAUUUGAGUUCUUUAUCCAGAAUGACCAGUGUCAAGAAAUGGAUCAGUCUGAUGACAAGAAGUGGCUCAAGCUCACCAAGCAUGGCGAAUGGGCAACUCAUACGGUGAACCUGAAAUCUGGCACCAACAUCCUUUACUGGAGGACUGGUGGUGUUACGGUGGGAAAAAAAGUGGUGAAUCCUGCACUGCUGAAAAAUAUUCAUAUUGAGGGUGUUGCCUACACAUCAGAGUGUUUUCCGUGUAAGCCGGGAUCUUUCAGUCGAGUCCCUGGCUCCUCCUCAUGUGAACCCUGUCCUCGGGACACCUAUUCUGGCCAUGGUGCCAGUUCCUGCACUCCCUGUAACACCAGCACUCAGUAUGCAGGUUGGGAGGUCGCAGGUAAUCACAUCCAGACUGGAGCCGGAAGCUCUGAUAAUGAUUACCUCAUCCUCAACCUCCAUGUUCCUGGAUUCAAGCUUCCUACGUCAGUGUCGAGUCAUUCAGGGGAAGAAUUUGGUCGCAUUACAUUUGAAUUUGAAACUUCUUGCACAGCCGACUGUGAGCUCUACUUCAUGAUGGAUGUAAACAGGAAGAGUACAAAAAUAGUGGAGUCUUGGGAGAAAAACAAAACAAGGCAAACCUACACACACAUCAUGACAAAGAAUGCUUCAGUUUCCUACACAUGGGCCUUCCAGAGGACUAACCAAGCUUCAGAUGUACGACAGUAUGUCAAAGAUGUGGCACGAAUCUACUCCAUCACUGUGAGUAACGCGGUGGAUGGAGUGUCCUCUAGCUGUCGGGUUUGUGCCCUCGGUGCACAACCGUCCAGCUCUGCGUGUGUGCCGUGCCCACCUGGGCAUUACAUAGACGCAAGUACGAGCCAGUGCACAGAGUGUCCACCUAACACGUACCUGAUGCCUCACGCUGCACCAGGCCCUGAUGCCUGCAAAUCCUGUGGACCUUCCAGCAAAAGUGACAAGGAGCACAGCUUAUGCUAUAGUGACUGUCACUUCACCUACACAGAAGGCAAUGCCACUCUGACUUUUGACUUCAGCUCACUUGGGCCAGUGGGGUCACUGAUGAAUGGCCCAAGCUUUACCUCAAAAGGAACCAAGUACUUCCAUCACUUCAAUAUCAGUAUCUGUGGAGGAAAGGGUCAGUUGGCAGUAUGUACAGACAAUGUAACAGACCUAUCCAUCACCGACUCCCAGAGAGAAAAGGAAGGCCCCAACGCCAUCACAACCUUCAUCUGUCAAUCAACAAUAAUCCCAGCGAGUGGACGAGGAUUCCACACAGCCCUCUCCUCGCAGUCCAUUAACCUGGCUGACACAUUUGUUGGGGCAACUGUGGAUAACAACCUUGAAGGAAUAAGUGUAACAUCAGAUCUGUUUCCCAAGACCUCCAAGAAAGUCCCUGAUGUCAACUUUUACUACAGGUCUUUGGAGACAACUUCAUCUUGCGAGUCGGGUCGGAGCGUGGUGGUGACACUUCGCUGUAACCCAGACAAGAGCACUACGGGGGAGCUCUCAGUACCCAGUCAGUGCCCUGCUGGAACGUGUGAUGGUUGCACCUUUCAAUUCUUAUGGGAGAGCUCAGGGGCUUGUCCUACAUGCACAGAAAGAGACUAUCAUCAGAUAGAGGGAGUCUGCAAGGGAAGAAAUCAGGACUUGCUGUAUGUGUGGAAUGAACCAAAGCUGUGCAUGGGUGGUGUGCCCUUGCCUGCUAAGAAAACACAGACCUGUGAGGGCAUUGAGUUCUGGAUCCAUCUUGGUGCAGGACUGGGAGCUUUCACUGCAGUGUUGCUCGUUUCCCUGACCUGCUAUUUCUGGAAGAAGAACAAACGGUUGGAGUAUAAGUACUCCCGGCUGGUGAUGUCUGCUAACAAGGAAUGUGAAAUGCCAGUGGCUGACAGCUGUGCUGUGAUGGAGGGAGAGAAUGAGGCAGACAUGGAUGAUGAAGUCGUAUACACAAAACCUUCUUUACUUGGAAAACUCAAAGCCAUAGCAUCCAAGAGAAAUGGAGAUAACUAUGAAAAUGUGCAGCUAAAUUCGGCUCAUUCCAAAACAUUGGUGUGGAGCUAGAGUGGAAGAACCGUGAAGGGGGCUGAGGGGAGAAGUCAGACCCUUAAGAGACUUUGUGACCCCUAUCUAACUAUCCCCUUUAAGCUUUGAUACCUGGAACACCAACUGUUUGUAUGUGCACACACAUAUAGACACAAUAUCAGAGCCAUGCUCAAACGAGUCACACUAACCUGGUGGCCUUAAAGCUUGGUACGAUGGAGCUGUCCAGUUAAAGACUGCGAAGCAGGUGUGUGACUGACACUUCCUGAUAGCUGUCUGAUUCUAAUUUAUUUCAGGAAAAAAUUGAUAGAAGAGCUCAGGGUAAGACAAAGACCUAUUUAAGAUGUCCUGUUUUGCUAUUUUUCUCUCUUCAGUUUGCGUAUCGUCCAAUAUUUCGUUGAUACCUGUGGUAUAGUUCAACUUCAGGAAAGCUAUGAUUUGCCUUUCCAUAUCCCACAGAUGUUUACACAGAUUGGUUUAUUCUUUUCAUGUACAAUCAUUAUCUUCUCAUGUUUUUGUUGUUUUUUUAUUUUAUUUGAAAUUAUAUAAUGAAGAGAACUACUGAUCAGUUGAAAUUUGAAUUUGCCAUAUUCUGUUUGGGUUGUGGUGUGGACUGUCCAUGUACAUCAAAUAAAUCAUGAUGUAUUUAUGUA